CCAUUCCACUCGUGACUGCAGAGAAAGGUGCAACGCUAGGGCAAAGGGUCAAGCUGAGGAAGAUAUCGCAUGCUGCCCUGGACACACGAGAGCCGUACAGUCAAGUCGAGGGUUUGAGCCUCUGCUCGCGAUUGGCAAAUCGUCUACCAGACAACGGGUGUGAACGUAUCGCGGCGUUCAUCGGUCAUCAUAGAAGCGGGCUCAAGGAGAGCAACGGACGGGGGCUGUGCAGGAAUUCCACUGAUCCUCCACCUGGCGAAGGAUUGAAAGCGGCGCCUUGGGCAGAGUCCAUGACAAAAAGGCCGACGAUAUCAACUCAUUCAGCGGUCGAGACUUUGUAGGCUCAUUAACGCUUUACGUCCCUCGAAGCUCUGAUAGCGAUCAAGAAGAGACGUGAGAGCGCUCAGCGGUCUCGUUGGACCUAUUGGCAUCGUUCGGGCGGCACAAGCGCACCAAGAAGAAGAAGGAGGAGGGGUAAUGUGUCGACUUUUGGUGUACAAGGGCGUGGAGCCGAUACAGCUCUCUCACUUGGUCACACGUCCGGCUCACAGCAUCAUCAACCAGGCUUUCGAUGCUCGUUUACGAUUGGACGCGACGCGAUCUGUGAAUGGGGAUGGCUUUGGGGUGGGAUGGUACGAUGCGUCGCACGAUGCAGAGCUAGGCUCAGCACCUUGCAUCUUCACCAGCGUCACUCCAGCUUGGAACAAUCAGAACCUUCAAAGAUUGGCGGAAAAGAUCAAAAGCCCUUUGGUCUUUGCUCAUGUUAGAGCUAGCACUGCGGGAGCUCUGAGCGAGACGAACUGUCAUCCUUGGAGGUAUGGCAGAUUGAUGUGGAUGCACAAUGGAGCCAUCUCGUCCUUUUCCAAGAUCAAGAGACGACUGCUGCAAAGCUUGCCCGAGGAGCUCUUUCUGUACCCGCAAGGUCAUACGGACUCUGAAUACGCUUUUGCUGUGUUUUUGUCUCACUUGCCGGAUCCGGCCAGUCAGAGUCCCACGGAUCACAAGGUGCUGCAAAACGCAAUGCUCAAGACGAUUGCAGAUUUCAAUCGCUGGGCAAGGGAAGCGGGCGUUGACGAGCCAAGCCUCAUGAACUUUUGCGUCACUGAUGGAGAGUCAGUAGUAUGCACUCGGUACGUCUCAUCUCGGACAGAUGAGGCGGCGAGCCUGUACUUUUCGUCUGGCACCUCCUUCUACGAGCACUCGCCAGGUACCUAUCGCAUGGUGAAAGCGGACAAGCGAGAGCGCAUAGUCGUCGUAGCUUCCGAGCCCUUGACAUUUGAGAAAGCAGACUGGAUGGAGAUCUCGACCAACACGCUGGUCUGCAUAACACCCAGGAUGAAUGUGCUUCAAAAGCCAAUCGUGGACGAGUUCCAUACGGAGCGAUUGGAGGAUCAUUUCAGAUCACCUGCUUUUGCACUGAAGACGGGUUUUGCGCCCAAUGUGCCUCUCAAAGUCGCCUCUGGCACGUCGGUAAAUGCUACCUCGAACGGCAAUGCUACCUCCGCUCAAAACUCGGAGAGGGAUAGGAGCACGAGCAGAGAGACGGUUUUCAGACCUUCAGACGCGUCUUUGAGCCAUUUUGUCGCUAGCAAUGGAUUGACAGGCAGCACGAACCUCUCACGAGACACACCGACUUCGACACCCCUCGCCACCUCUUUCGAUGUCGAUCGUGCAAAUGUCUCUCUUCGACAGACGACGCGAGCCGCUUGAGGCCACCCCGCAUGGUCACCUCGCCCUCGUUGCGUUUCAAGAUCGCACCCCGUGCACCGCCUCACUCCUUUUCGCCCCAGUCUCUGCUCGCGCUGUACAAUACAAGUUUACUCGGCAUGCACAAACGAUCAGAGCGUCCAUG